AUGACUAAACAAGCUUUCAUUAUAAUUGAUUUGCAAAAUGAUUACUAUAAAGACGGAAAAUUUCCGCUAGUGGGGAUAGAAGAAGCUACUGAAAAUGCAGCAACCCUUUUAAAAGAAGUGCGGAAAUUGAAAGAUGAAUAUCUCAUCAUUCAUGUCCGUCAUGAAUUCCCAGUGGAUCCUAAGGAUGCACCCUUUUUUGGGAAAGGUACUGAAGGAUCCCAGAUAAAUGAAGCUGUAAAAAAUGAGCCUAAUGAACUAGUUAUCACCAAAGACGAACCGAAUGCUUUUGUUCGUACUAAUUUACAACAGGUUUUGGAAGAUAAUAAAAUCUCUGAAUUGAUAAUUGUGGGAGCUAUGUCGCAUUUAUGUGUCCAAGGAACCUCUAGGGCUGCGUCUGAGAAAGGUUAUAAAGUGACUGUCAUUCAGGAUGCUAUCGCUACAAGAGAUUUAGAAUUUGGCGGUGUUAAUGUCCCUGCUAAACAAGUCGCUGCUACAGUCCUUGUGACAUUAGCCUUUGGUUAUGCUAAAGUAAUUACAACAAAGGAACAAUUGCAGUUGUUGAAUUGA